AUGGGAGUCCGAGCCCAGGCCACCACCUCUGCCCUGGUGUUCUUCAUCCAGCUUCCUGGGGCAAGAUGCGAAGAGAAUUGUGUCAGUCCUGAACAUUGCCUGACCACAGACUGGGUACAUCUCUGGUAUAUAUGGUUGCUGGUGGUCAUCGGUGGCCUCCUUCUCCUGUGUGGUCUGACUUCAGUCUGCUUCCGCUGCUGCUGCCUGAGCCGUCAGCAAAAUGGGGAAGACGGGGGCCCACCACCCUAUGAGGUGACAGUCAUCGCUUUUGAUCAUGACAGCACUCUCCAGAGCACUAUCACUUCCUUGCAGUCAGUGUUUGGCCCUGCAGCUCGAAGAAUCCUGGCUGUAGCUCAUUCCCACAGCUCCCUGGGCCAAUUGCCUUCCUGUUUGGACACCCUCCCAGGUUACGAAGAAGCUCUUCACAUGAGUCGCUUUACCGUAGCGAGGUGUGGGCAGAAAGCGCCUGACCUACCCCCAGUGCCAGAAGAAAAGCAGCUGACUCCACGGGAGGAGUCUCCAACAGAACACUCUUCGGAUUGA